AUGAUGAUGAUGCCAAACCCGGCCAUGCAACAAAUGCCGCAGAUGUCGAUGAUGCCGCAGCAGGCUAUGAUGCCCUUCGGGCAGAUGCCAGGCCAGCAGCCGCUAGGAGCCGCGCCCAUACCUGACGGUGGAGCGCCGGCGCCGGAAGCACCCCAGAAGAGGAUAAUCAUACGACGGAACAGCAGCAGAAAAGAGGCUUCUGCGUCACCGGACUUGGCUUCCAGAGACGAGCCGCUCGGAGCCGCCCCGCCAGUCGUGGAGCCACGUGGAGACAGGGAGCCGCCAGCGCUUCCGCCCCCAUUGGCAGACGGAACGCGCCAGGUACUGGUCAUGAUCCCCAGGCCUACGACUGCAUCCUCAGACGGCUUCGGGCUGGACGAUGAAUCAGUCAGGAUUCCCGAGUUCGGCGUUACGAUCGACCUUCCCGACUGGUACAGAGAGGCUCAGAACGAGCUCCGCCGACCGCCUCCGAGUUGGCCCCCACAGGUUCUCAUUGACGUCGGUGCCGACCUUCACGACGACGGAGAGGCUGGACAAGACGAACAUUCUGGGCUUCGCCGUGGCAGCAAGGCGAGCCAUGACACAAAGGGCAGUGCAGACACGACUGCCACAGGUGAAGGUAAGAAGCUGUCUCCUCUGCAGGCACGCAUACAGGCAAGACAAAGGGCCGCGGAGACAACUGCAGAUGAUGAAAAGGACGAGAAGGCUUCUGAAGCCGGGAGCCCAAGUGCUUCGAAGCGCCGCGCGAGCGUGGCACAACUUCGGAAAUCGAAGCUGUUUCCAAAAAUCCUGGUCGUGUUGUUUGCCAACCAUGUUUAUACGAGUGGCUUGAAAACUAUCAGGGAUUGGGCAAGCAAGAUGGCAACGCAUUUCGAGGACACAUGUCAGAUGCAAAUGCGAAACUGCAUCUCUUGGCUCGCGCGUGCCUUGCGCACUUUUGCUCGGACCCUCAUGGUGGACAGCCAUCGAGGACUUGAGCUUGCCCCUUCGCGAGGAAGCGGGCUCAAAAUUCUGGACAUAGGUGGUGACGAUCUAACUUCUCGACAGCGAUUGGCCAUUCGAGCGUAUGUGCUUUUUGAUAUCCUUCUGACUGGGGUUGAGACGCCCCCGCCACCGCUAACCAGAUUCCUCAGCCGACUGGCCCAACCAGAGGGUAUUAUGCUUUAUAUUCCAAAGACGUACUUCACCGAGUCCGAGAGGACUGCACUCGACUACGACCCAAGGGGCGGCUGCUAUUCACAGCCGCGCUCUCGGCAGCAUCAACAGCUGGUGGCCGGAUUUCUCAUCCCAAGGGCUUUGCUCGGUGGCCUGUUUACGAGCUGGAUACGCACUCUGGACGGGGAUCCCGGCGUUGGCGCAGAUCGCAGCAAGAGGAACUUGCAAACGCUCGGGGCACUUAUAUACCUUGGCUUUCAGAAGCAGUAUGACCUCCUCGGGGGCGUUCACGAUAUUCCAGGACUGUCAACGGCAACAAGCGAGCGGUUAACACAGUUCGGGCUGGAUAAGCGUUUGGUGACCGAAGUCGGUGAGUUGGUGGAGAAGUUGGUCGUCUUCUUCACCCAGCCAGACGCUCACAUGUCCAUCGUGCAGCGGAUUGAGUCCAACCCUUUCACGGCUGGGAGGAUCAAGAUUGCCCCCAGGGAGCGUCAAGGAGAAGGUGCUGAGAUGGCAGUUCAGGCUGACGACGUGCCAGAUGAUGAAGCUCCAGCUCCCAUGACAGGGCGGAAGAGCAUCGUGGACAGGCUGAAGACCUUCGCGCCUUCGGUGUCCGAAGCUGCUUCUUCCGUCAAGAGCGGCGCGGGUCGAUUCAGGGCUUCUGUAGCUGUGGGCCGAGCGCGCAUGGCGAAGCAAAGAACCGUUCAGAUCUCCGAGGAGCCAGAGGUUGCUGCAGACGACUGA